AUGUCGUCCUCCGUGCCGCUCUUGCGGACCCCGGUCCCUAGCAAUCAGCGUAACAACGGCACUCCCCGAGCUCCCAAGCUCACACUGGGCAUUCCCCCUUCCCCCAACGUCAAACCUGUCAAUGGCAAUGCUGUCCCCGUCAUGACUGAACCCGCGCAACCGAUCGCUGCUCCCUCCCGCCCUGCUCUUCGUCCUGCUCUCCGCCCUGCCCUUAGUUUGGCAACUCCGAUGAUCACCCAGAAUGCCCCGCAGCAGCCAAACUAUACAUCCACCGGUCGUCCUGGCCCUCCACAAUUAUCUCUAUCAACAGGGAAACUAUCUACCGGCCGUCCGGGUCCUCCAGCAUUAUCUCUGUCUACAGGAAAACUGGGCGUGCAUAGUCAACCUCUCUUAAAUGGGAAUGGUGCUGGUAAUGGUCCGAUCUCUGCCAACUCAUCCGUAUCGACGGCUGAUGUCGCGAGGGGCCUCCGUGAGUCUGGCUCUGAUCCUUCCUCUGCGAUCAGCUCCUUCAACUCCGAUAAUGAAGGCGGUUCACAGUUAGAAGGUGAAGAUGGUGCUAGCGCCAUCACUUUCGACUUGGAGAAAUUGAGCAUUGAGAAGGGUCGACCACUCGAUGUCGAGGAUUUGGAUGAUAAGGGUUGGCACGCAGCUAGUGAACAAAAGAAGGUCGUUGAGUUGGGCAGUCUGGGUGAAGGUGCUGGUGGCGCUGUCACUCGGUGUAAAUUGAAGGAUGGCAAGACUGUCUUUGCUUUGAAAAUCAUCACUACCGACCCUAAUCCCGAUGUAAAGAAGCAGAUUGUUCGUGAACUUAACUUCAACAAGGAUUGCGCAUCAGAACACAUCUGUCUCUACUAUGGUGCCUUUAUGGAUAAGACAUCUGGUACAAUCUCUAUCGCCAUGGAAUUUUGCGAAGGUGGCAGUCUCGAUAGUAUUUAUAAAGAAGUGAAGAAACUGGGUGGCCGAACUGGUGAAAAGGUUCUUGGAAAGGUUGCAGAGGGUGUGCUUAAUGGAUUGACCUACCUGCAUAGCCGCAAGAUCAUCCAUCGAGAUAUCAAACCUUCCAAUAUCCUUCUCUGCCGUAACGGUCAAGUCAAACUCUGCGACUUCGGUGUCAGCGGCGAGUUUGGCACCAAAGGCGACGCCAAUACUUUUAUCGGUACCUCCUACUACAUGGCUCCAGAACGAAUUACUGGACAAUCUUAUACCAUCACUUCCGACGUCUGGUCCUUGGGUGUGACUUUGUUGGAAGUUGCGCAGCAUCGAUUCCCUUUCCCUGCCGAUGGCACUGAAAUGCAGCCUCGCGCAGGUUUAAUAGAUCUCCUAACCUACAUUGUCCGCCAACCCAUCCCCAAAUUGAAAGACGAACCACAGAACAAGAUUAAGUGGUCAGACAACUUUAAAUAUUUUAUUGAAUGCUGCCUCGAGAAAGAACCUCCUCGACGAGCAACUCCUUGGCGGAUGCUGGAACAUCCUUGGAUGCAAGAUAUGAAGACCAAAAAGGUCAAUAUGGCAAACUUCAUCGCACAGGUUUGGGACUGGAAGAACUAA